AUAAAUGUUUCUUUCUGAUGUUGUCUUGUGGCCAGUCAGUGACAUGUACUGCUAGAGAGUGGGACAGGAAAGUGAAAGCAAUAACCAUGAGCCGAUCCGUUCUGCUGCUGCUGCUGCUGCUUGGAUGUUGGAUGUGUGCUUCUUUUAGUACCGCAUUCCGAAUGGAGAGGUCAGAGCGCUGUCUCUGUAAGAAGCUCUACAGAGUCCGUCCCAUAAACAUCAUGAAAUGGACACUGUAUCCUCCAAGUGCAUCCUGCAGGGCUUAUGAGAUUGUGGUGUCAUUAAAGACUGGUCGGAAAUUGUGCCUCCAUCCAGACUCAAAGCCAUGGAAGCUCAUAAUGAGUGGAGAGCGUGGACCAAUAUAAAGCCUAAAACAAGACUCUGGCUGUCAAUGUCCAAACCCAAAGUUCACAAAUUGGUCAAAAACACUGGUAAAUUUGAGAAUGUAUAAGAACCUAUCAUGUGUGGUGUCCUUAUGAUAUUGCUAUGUGUGUGUGUGUGUGUGUGUGUGUGUGUGUGUGUGGGUAUGUGUGGGUAUGUGGCUUCACAAACCUGAAGACAUAGAAAACACCCAGAGCCCCAGAUGAGCAUGAUAAGUUACAUCACUGUGCAGAUCUCACCAUACAGCUGGUGUCUAUACUAACACUAGAGACUGGUGUAUAAUGUUCUAACUUUUUACAAGUGUCUGAAUGUAUUUCUGAACCCUGUGUCAAGAUGGCAAAGAUGCCAAUUUUUUUAUUUUAUUUUUUUUAUAUGUUAAUUAAGGGUCGUAUGUUUUUAUGUUCAU